AUGGAAGAGAAGCACCAACACCAAAUCCCAAGGGUGAAACUGGGUAAUCAAGGAUUGGAGGUGUCUAGGUUGGGCUUGGGAUGCGCAGGACUUUCAGGAUUUUACAAUGCUCCUCUUUCCCAUGAGGAUGGAUGUUGCGUUAUAAAAGAAGCAUUUAAUAUGGGUAUUACCCUCUUUGACACGGCCAAUUCGUAUGGAGAAAACUAUCACAAUGAGAUCAUGCUUGGAAAGGCUUUGAAGCAGCUUCCUCGUCAAAAGAUUCAAUUAGCGACGAAAUUUGGUUUGACCAAAUUAGAGGAUGGUCAAUUGGUGGUCAAAGGUACUCCUGAAUAUGUGCGGGAAUGCUGUGAAGCUAGUCUUAAGCAGCUAGAUGUGGAGUAUAUUGAUUUGUACUAUCAGCAUCGUGUGGACACUUCAGUGCCAAUAGAGAAAACCAUGAGAGAGCUCAAGAAGCUGGUGGAGGAGGGGAAGAUAAAAUACAUUGGGAUAUCUGAACCAAGUGUAGACACAAUAAGGAGAGCCCAUGCUAUUCAUCCCAUAACUGCUGUACAAAUGGAGUAUUCUCUUUGGACUCGUGAUAUUGAAGACGAUAUCAUUCCAUUCUGCAGGAAGCUUGGUAUUGGAAUAGUAGCAUAUAGCCCUCUUGGUUGUGGGUUCUUCGCCGGGAAAGCGGUUGUGGAGAGUUUGCCAACAGGAAGUAUUUUGACUCUCCAUCCGAAGUUCGCAAAGGAGAAUAUAGAGAAGAACAAAGUCCUCUACGCCCGUGUAGCUAACUUGGCUGCAAAGCAUCAUUGUACCAUCCCUCAACUAGCUCUAGCAUGGCUUCUGCACCAAGGAGGCGACGUGAUCCCAAUCCCCGGGACAACUAAGAUUAAGAACCUUGAUAACAACAUUGGAUGCUUGGCAAUAAAGCUUACACAAGGGGAUUUGAAAGAAAUUUCUGAUUCAGUACCUAUCGAUGAAGUCAGUGGUGAAAGAGACCAUGCUUUCUGUACUAACUACAGUUGGAAGUUUGCAAACACACCAGAAAAUUAAUGGGGAGAUCAUGACUAAUCAAACCAAUCCAUGUUCAUUAUCUUAUCUUCUAUUGCAAAACUGACAACUAAUCACAUAUUACAUGUAUUUGGCGUUUCAUGUUUGCGCAAAGACAAUGAACUUCAACAUAAAUAUGUGUAUAUCUAUGUGUGUGCGUGCGUGUAGAAUGUGUUUUCUAUUCAUCCAACCCACCCCCACCCCCACCCCCACUUGCUCUUGUUUUAGAGGCAGAAGCAGUUUUAUUGAUGUUAAACUCAAAGUUUAUCCUAUAGAAUAUUUU